GGUCCGGGAGCCGGCGUGGAGGGCUCGGCGCGCCGCGGACCUCGCGGGCCAUGGCAUCUGCUGCCGAAGGGAAAAGGAAACAGUCAGAGGGGGACGACCCGCUAGACACACCCGUGUCCCCUCCGCCCGACAGUGAGCAGAGCGGGAGCCAGAGUCCGGCCCGGCUGGAGGACUCCCCCGAGGCAGGCGGGGAGCGGGAGGAGGAGCAGGCCUUCCUGGUCAGCCUCUACAAGUUCAUGAAGGAGCGACACACGCCCAUCGAGAGGGUGCCCCAUCUUGGCUUCAAGCAGAUUAACCUGUGGAAGAUCUACAAGGCCGUGGAGAAGCUGGGGGCCUACGAGAUGGUGACCGGCCGCCGCCUCUGGAAGAACGUGUACGACGAGCUGGGGGGCAGCCCGGGCAGCACCAGCGCGGCCACGUGCACUCGGCGCCACUACGAGAGGCUGGUCCUCCCGUACGUGCGGCACCUGAAGGGGGAGGACGACAAGCCGCUGCCCCCCUCCAAGCCCAGGAAGCAAUACAAGAUGGCCAAGGAGCCCCGAGGGGACGACGGGGCCACCGAGAGGCUGAAGGCCAAGGAGGGGCAGCUGGGCCAGGUGAGCCCCGAGCCCCAGGGCCAGCAGAUGACGCCUGGAAAGACCAAGAUGGACCCCGUCGACCUGGCGAGGCCCCCCAGCCAGGAGCCAGCACAGGACAGAGCCGAGCAGCCAGGCCCGGCUCCCGGGCCCGCUCUGCCCUUCGCGGGUGCCGGCGGCUGCCCUGAGGCCUACCAGCGGCUCCUGUCCAGCUUUUACUGCAAAGAGACACACGGCGUCAUGUCGCCGCUGGCCAAAAAGAAGCUGCUGGCCCAGGUGAGCAAGGCGGAGGCCUUGCAGUGCCAGGCGGAGCGCUGUCGCCACGGGGCGGGCAGCCCUGCCGGGGAGCCCCGGGCGUCCCCCGCUGCUCACCCCCCCGAGAGUCCCCGGAGCCCAGGAGGGCCACCCGAGACCCACAGGCACCAGCUGGCCGCCCCGGAGGGAGCACAGGGCCCCGGGGGCAGCCUCAGGGAGGAGGCUCAGGCCGGCCCCCACCCGCCGGCCCCCACCUUCACCGGCUGUUGCCACACCUACCCCACCAAGGUGCUCAAGCCCAUCAGCCAGCACCCCCGGGACUUCUUUCCCCAUCUCAGAGAGGGGGUGCUCUGGGGGCCCCCUGGCAAAGAGGAGAGGCUGCCAGUCAAAGAGUCGGCGCUGGUGUGGGGCGGGGACGUCAACCGCCCCUCCGCGUUCCACAGAGGCGGCUCCCGAAGAGGCAGCCUCUGCGCCAGGCCCAAAGCCUGCUGGGUGUCCCCCAUGGCCAAGGUGCCUGCCGAGAGCCCCGCGCCCCUGCCCGCCGUCCCUGGCAGCCCAGGCCGCAGCAAGCGCGGCCGGGAGGAAGAGGGCUUUGUCCCUGGCGGCAAAAAACUGCAGGCAGUGCCUCCCUUUCUCAAGGAGGCGGAUGCCAAGGAGUGUGGGGCCACGUCUGUGGGGCCUGGCGUGGCCGUCUCCUGCGUGCUGGGCCCAGCCCUGGGGCCUGCCCUCCCGGAGGCCUACAGGGGCACCAUGAUGCGCUGCCCACUGAACUUCACCGGCACCCCGGACCCCUUAAAGGGCCAGGCUACGUUCCCCUUCAGCCCCCUGGUCAUCCCAGCCUUCCCGGCUCACUUCCUGGCCACUGCGGCCCCCUCGCCUGUGGCCGCUGGCCUCAUGCACUUCUCCCCUGCCCCCUUCGACAGUGCCCUCCGCCACAGACAUUGCCCCGCCUCAUCUGCCUGGCAGGUGCCACCUGCCACCACCUAUGCAGCACCCCCCUUCUCUUUCCACCUUAAUACCAAGCUGUAGGCUGGGGCCCACGCUCUGCACUGCGCUGUGGAGCCUGAUGCAGCCCGAGGUGCCAGCGGGCUCCCGGCCCAUUCCUCAGGAGAGCUGGCUGUGCCCAGUGCAAGAACAGGCCCAGCCGUGGGGGCGGCCUGGCCCAGAGGGUGGCAGUGGGGAGUGGGGGUCCAGUUAUAGGAAGGCCUUAGGAGAAGCUGGCACAGGGCAGGGCUGGCAGCACCCUCUGGACCCCAGAGCAGAGGCCAAGAAUGGGGUGAGGGGCUGAGAAGCCAGCUAGUAGCUUGAGGCAUCCAAAUGCCCACAGAAAAUCCAAUAAAAUGCCCGUGUGAACCCA